UAGAUGUAAAUCACGUCUGACGUCACGUUUAUCAAAAACCGAAAAAUGGCAAAGGUUUUUUGAUAUUUUGUUUGUAGAUAAAACUGGAUAAAACACGAGUUGUUCAUUUACUUUGAUUUUAGUGAAUUUCCUUUAUUUACAAACACAAAUUGAAACAAUUUUGUAGUCGGAUUGUAAUCACAUUACAGUAGCAGCGGGUAAGAUUACUUACGGCUACAAGAGUUAAAGGAGACUAAAGAAAAAGAACAAAUGGAGAGUGACGAUCUUGAUACAUACAUAGUUGUAGUUGGCGAUGAUAUUGAAUCAUUUCCUGAAUGUUUACAAAAGGUCGAAGAAGGGGUCUACCCAGUGUCUGAGGAUCUGCUAGAGGAACCUAGAGAAGAGUCAAACCUUGAAAACCCAAGGCCAAUCAAACAUGAAUCAGAGAAUGAGAACAAUGAUAUGGAAGUAGAGGUGCCACCAAAAGAAAACAUCGAAGUUGAGUUCUUAUCAGAUGAUGCUGAACUAAGUGAUGAUGGAGCAAAGGUACCACAAACGAAAAUGGGGCUUCGAUCGAGGACCAGAAAGCGCACACCAGCUGAAAGGCACUCGUACGUAAAAAGCAUAAAAAAGCUCCACCCCGAGUUGAGGAAAAGUAAAAAGUUGCUUAUAGACAGUUUGGUGGCCAUCAUGAAGGAGACCAAGCCGCCGCCGCUGCCCAAAGACUAUUUUAUGAUGGACGGCAUUAUGUUUCAGUGUAUAAAAUGCAGCCAUCAGUCGGAGAGCAUGGCGGCCGCGGGUCGACACUACCAGGAGAAACACGGCGAGCGGUACCUUUACUGCUUAGCUUGCGGAGUCAACUUCAGAAGUAAAACAAACCUGUACAAGCACGAGAAGAGUUGCGAAGCGGAGGACGCGGCCCUCGUGCUGCGCGCGCGUGCCGAUUUCCUCGGCAACCGCGCCGGCGCGCGUCCCUUCGCGCCCCAACGCGCGCCGUCGGCCAAACGCAAGAAGUCGCCCAAGAAAACGUUGCCCGCCACACCCGUGAAGCCUCCGAUAAGGAAAUAUGGCACCAAGUCCAACUAUUCUGCUGAUGCUUUGGAAGAAGCUUUAAAAAGAAUCCGGAACCGAAAGAUGGCCGUCAGCGAUGCGAGCCUGAUAUACAAGAUACCGUUGAGUACGUUGCACUUCAAACUGAAGAACACUCACUCGAACACAUACGGCCGACCUACCGUGUUCUCCGCCGACGAGGAGAAAACCAUCGAAACUCAUCUGUGUGCCAUCUCCGACUGCGGAGUUCCUAUGCGCGAGCUGGACGUGCGGAAAAUUAUACAGGCGUACCUCAACUCCAACGACCGGGAAGUCGACAUCUUCAGGAACAAUCUCCCCGGAAAGGAUUGGGCGAAGUCGAUCUUGAACAGGUACGAGGAUCUGAGGACGAGAGUACAACGGAACUACAUGACGCGCGGAAUGCGGGUCGACGCGCACGCGAUCAACGAGUUCUUCGUCGAUCUCGAGUGUGAGCUGCGCGGCGUGCCCGCUGCGAACAUCUACAGUUUCGCCGAGGCGCAUUUACUUGAUGACCUGAAGAAGAGAAAAGUUGUUCUCGCGCGAGACAGCCGUCACCCCAACGUGCCCACUGUGAAACCCUCUCUCACUGCUGUGUUCUGCGGCAACGCUGAGGGUACGAUGUUGCCCCCGUUUCUAAUAUUUCAGGGUGACGACUCCGAACCGGGCUGGGUCGCGUGCGCGCCGCGGGGAUCCAACGUGGUAGCGACGCAUAGCGGUUGGCUCGACUUCGCGAGCUUCGAAUUGUGGUUUAAAACCACUUUCCUGCCACGAGUCACUAAACGGAAGGGGAAAAAGAUAUUAAUCGGGGACUGUUUGAGUUCUCAGCUGACGAUAGGAGCGAUUAAGUUGUGUAAUCAGAAAAAUAUUAAAUUCGUAUGCCCGCCGCCGAACUGGGGCCCGUUGGUCCAGCCGAUAGUCGCGGGCUACUUCGACGCCUUGGAGACUCACUGGAGACGGGAAGUGGAAGAGUGGAGAAAUUCUUUUAAAGGCGAACCAGACUAUGCUCUGGGGAGUAGUCUUGUUCAGCUUUUAACGCAAACGUUUAAUACGAACACUGAAACUAUCUCGAAAAGUUUAAAAGCUGGCUUCGAAGUUUGUGGAAUACAUCCGAUUAAUAGGGAAAAAGUAUUGGAAAGACUCUCACAAUAUCUUAAAUCUCAUCCGAGAAGAGCCCAUCUCUAAAAAUAUUACUAUGUCAAGGAUACUAUAGUGGACAUUUUUAAAGUUAUUCCUUUAAGCUCCGGCUACACGCUCCGUCUUACCUGGGAGCUUGCCUGCAUAAGUUAGUUUGCGCAGUUAAGUGUGGACGGCUAGACGGUAUCCCGCGCAGUUCCAAAAGCUGCCAAAGGUUGGACUGCGCAGUUCUCGGUCUUGCCUGUGCAGUUUUAGCUGCGCACGCAAGACGGAGCUUUGAAUAUAUUUAUCAUUGUGAAUCAUGAGUUAUAUAAUUAGUAAUCAUUCCCGAUAAAUAUGUCAUCCGAGAAAGUUAUAACAAGCAAAUGAAGUUUAAAUUAAUUUACCUUUGAAAACAAGUUUAUAAAUCAGCGAUUUUAUUUUGAAAAUUCUACAGAUUUGAUAGUAUCAUAGAUUUGACUUGUGACAUCGCGAUUUUUGUGAGAAAUAGUUGAAAAGUUAAAUUGAAGAGAUAGAUUUUUCUACACUAACAAAAAUGUAAGCAUUCUUAGGUCUUCAGGUGAAUAUUGUAUUUGUAACAUUGUUAUUUGUCAUUUGUAUUACACAAAUUACCCAUUGAUUGAAUAUAUGAUUGAAACCCGACGGCAAUGAAUUAGUUCAUAGUUACUAUUACUAAGAAGGCUUAUUACCAAUUAAAUUUAAGUUUUAUAAUUUAAAAUAUUGUUUUUUGUAAAAUUAUGUAUUGUUUAACAUAAAAUACAAAUGGAUAUUUUGAUAGAUUGAGAGAAAAAUCUGCGCAAAUAAUAAAAAUCAAUGAUUU